AUGAUAUAAAACAUAAAAUAUUUUAACAAUCUAGAAUAAUUUUUCAAGUCUUCACUUUAAUCACAUGAAGUUCUCUUUAUUGAUUUAAACUGUUAAUCAAUUGGUGAUAAAGGCUUAUCAAGAUUAGGUUCAGAUUUAGGAAAAUGCAUUAAUAUCUCAAAUUUAGCGCUGUAACUUUGGUCUAAUUAAAUUGGUGAUGAAGGUAUAUCAAGUUUAGGUUCUAAUUUAAUAAAGUGCACUAAUAUCUCAAAUUUGACACUUGAUCUUUCCUAUAAUUAAAUUAGUAAUAAAGGUGUAUUAUGCUUGAGUUCUGAUUUAGGAAAGUGCCCUAAUCUCUCAAAUUUGAAACUUAACUUUUAGUCUAAUUAAAUUGGUGCAAUUGGUGGAUCGGGCUUAGGCUCUGGUUUAGGAAAAUGCACUAAUCUCUCAAAUUUGAAACUUUAUCUUUAGUGGAAUUAAAUUGAUGAUGAAGGUUUAUCAGGUUUAGGUUCUGGUUUAGGGAAGUGCACUAAUCUUUCAAAUUUGACACUUGAUCUUUACAAAAAUAAAAUUGGAGAUAAAGGUAUAUAAGACUUAGGUUUUGGUUUAGGUAAUUGCACUAAUCUCUAAAAUUUGACACUCAACCUUUACUAUAAUUAAAUUGAAAUUGGAGUAUUAGGCUUAGCUUAUGGUUUAAGAAAAUGUUCUCAUCUCAUAAAUUUGACACUUAACCUUAAUAAAAUCAGUAACCAGAAAUCAGAAUAAUUGAAAGAAAAGUUCCUCAAGACAAAGAGAUUAGUUGUCUUAAAAAUAUGUUAACAUUGA